AUGUUUCUCGUGUUUAUAUUAUCCGUGUCCCGAGCGACAUGGCUCUUCCUCACCGCACCGUCCCUCAUGAUCGUCUCGCCUCGUCCGUUUCUCCCUGCCACAUGCAUCCCUGCCAAUGCAGAGUUCUACAAAGCGGACUUCUCAGACUGGAACGUAGCUGGGACGUUCAGCAUCGCUGUCCCGUCCAAGUCCGCGACCAAGACAUCGCAGUUCCGCCUGACCACCGCAGGCUCGGUCAACCCGCCGCUGGAAGUGACCCUGAACGCGAAAACUCCCGUCGUGCUGGGUGCACUCGGAAAGAACUUGCAGUGCUCUCAAGUAGCGCCGAGCGUGUGGGACUGCUUCGGCCAGACCAAGCUGACCCAGGCCGACAUCAACAGCAUCGGAUUCACAGCUGGCGUGGGGGUUCGUGUUGACUCGCAUGACGUGAGUCUCACCUAUCCUGAUGCGCGCAACCAGGCAGUAGAUGCCACCUCGAAGCUUGCGAAAGCGACGUCUACGAAAAUGGAUCAAGUUUUCGGCAAAACCGAUCUGCUUCUUGGGGUUCCUGCUGGAAGGUUUCAGGCAGUGAUCAGCGGGGACGAGAUCAAGGGAGGUGCAAUGUUUGUAGUCUCCAAUUUAAACCGCAAGACCAUCAUCAACUACAGCAUCAUCCUCAUCUCCCCAGAAGCCCUCACGCCAGAAGCAACACUCACAGUCCUCGACCCCGCCACCCAAGAAUCAAUCAUCAUUCCCGUCGCCUGCAAGUGGGCCCAGCCCAGGCCUGGUGUGCACGUUUGCGAGGCCAAGGGCGAUUUCCCCACCGCCAUAGACACCGUUUUCUCAACGACCUCUCUUCAGCCUGCGGCCGCGGCUCGGAGUGCCGCUGCCAGCAUGCGAGCAGCAGCCUUGCCAGGCUCGGCGGUGGACCUGGUGUUUAAGGUAACGGUGGCCUCGGGCAUGAUGGAAGAGUCUGUCGGCACGCUGCGCUACUCGUUGUAA